AUGGGGCGCCACGCGAAUCCCGACAUUCGACGCGCCUUCGCCGAGUUCCAGGACCAGGACACACCUUCGAAAUGCAACAAAGUGCGAUGUCUCCACUGCGGUUUCGUGCGCGCGAAGAAUACCACGCGCCAAAUCGAGCACCUCCACGCCUGCGAAGCCUAUCUGGCCUCUCCCGAAGCGCAACAAUGGCAUGCACAGAAUGGCGACGAAAACUCCAUGAACGCGGGCAUGGCGCCCAACUCUGUGCUCAGCGGCCAGCAGCCCAAUCCGAAUCUCCAGAUCAAUCGGAGAGGCCCCAACAACAAGCGCGCCCGUGAUGGCCAGCAACUUGCGCCCCAUAUGAACAUGCCACCGCCCAUUGCGCCGUCGCUGACUGCCCAUCUCCUCACCAUAUGCGCGCAGCCGUUCACGCAAGCAACACAGCAGCCUUUCCUCUCGCAUGCGGGCUGCGGUUCUCUAGCACCCGGUCCGCUCUCACAAUGGCUGGUUCAGGAUGGCCACUAUGCGCGCGGGUUUAUACGAUUUGUGGGACAGCUGCUUGCUAAAUUGCGCCUGCCGCAGACUGCAAAUUCGCAGUUCCAUCCCAUGUAUAGGACCAUGGAUCUGCUUAUAUCUGCUUUGAACAACAUGCGCCGGGAAAUGUCCUUCUUCGAGAUCACAGCUACGAAAUAUGGCCUCACGCUUAACCAGGAUCCUCCCACGCCUAUUACACGAGCGCUGCUGGAUCUGUUCGUGAGUGCAAGUAGCUCGAGUGCUUCUUUGCUGGAGGGCAUGGUGGUAUUGUGGGGUACUGAACACUGCUACCGUACAGCCUGGCAGUACGCGUCCUCGUUCAGCAGCUCUCUCUCCACGCCGAGUACCGAUAACCACAUCGUUGCCCUUCACCAAGCACUGAUACCGAACUGGACAUCGCCCGCAUUCAGCAAAUUCAUCGACGCGAGCAGAGCGCUCGUCGACGAGCUUGCCAACAUCACUACAGCCCGUGACGGCAAAGAAGAGAUGACGCGAUGCGAAGAAAUAUUUCGCCAAAUAUGUUGGCUAGAGGAGCGCUUCUGGCCGGACGUUGAUGGCAUGGGCGAAGAGGACGACAGCGCGAGACUCGGUCCUAACCUCGGCCCUAUGGGUACAGGCAUGGACAACGGAAUGAACAACGGAAUGAGCAACGCGAUAAAUAACGGCAUGAACGGGCCUAUGCAAAUGAAUGGACCUCAGAUGAAUGAAGCGCAGAUGAACGGCCUACCGAACGGCCUUCCGAGUGGCUCCAUACAGAUGAACGGUCAGAUGAAUGGUCAAAUGAGCUCCCAGAUGCAGCCGCAGAUGAACUCACAGAUGAACAAUGGCGAGAGACCGGCGGGUGGUGAUGGGAGAAAUAACUUUGCUGGACUGGAGUCUGUGGGUCAGAGCUCAUGA